AUGAAGCUUUUUUUACUACCGGUGGUUCUUGCCGCCAACAUCCUCAUCACAACCACAGACUCGUGGGUCGCCAAGGGCCCUCGGUACUUGGAAUGGGCUCUCAGAGAAGACGGCCAUAAUGUUAAGGUGGUGGCCUCGUUGAACCCAAACACUGAAUACUCCACGGUGGAGCUGGAGAAAAGACAAAUCGUCGUGGGCGCCCCACAAGGAGGCGACUUCAACCACCUCCUGCCAGCACAGCAGAUAUACCACAAGAACAUCAAAAAGCUCAAUACGGUGCCCCGUGGGGUCCGCAAUACCAUCUCCCAGAGGGAGUCCGACAAAUUCGACGAGGCUUUUCAACAACAGGACAUCGUUCAGGAAGGCGCUUACGGCCAGGAUCCACUCAACCCCAACUUUUGGUAUGUCGAUGCUCAGCCUCUCGAGGCUCUUUCGGUCGCUUUUUCCGACAUCCUCCCCAACCACCUCCCCACGUUUACUCCUGAUUUGGUCAUUGUGGGACCCAACGAGGGCCUCCACUUGACAUCUGCUAAUUCUAAACAAGACAUUGUGGUGGAGGACCUCGAACAAAUGGAAAACCAGGCCGAGGCAUUGGCUCUUUUGGCUCAGCUGAAGAGCUUCCCUGUGAUCUCCGUUUCCAGCGAGGACCACGACCAUAUUUAUUACGGCGACGAGAGGUACUUUAAUGUCGAGGAGGCCAAGUACGAGGACUCCUUCAAGGCCAACCCUGUUGCCAGAAACGUCCAGUACAUCAACAGAAAAAUCGUCGAGCUCGUGGAGGAAGUGGAGCCCACCCUCACGCUGUCUCUCCUGCUCAACGUGAAUUUCCCCUCCAUGAACCACAAGUUCUCUCACUGCCUUGCCACCGCCAAGGGCCCCACUUUCUUCCAAGUUGUGGGCGACAAGGUGGAAUCUCACUUGGGCAAGAUCCUCAGUGUUCCACACGUUUCCGGAAAAAGAGGACUCGAGGGCCAAACUACAUACAUAAAAAUGUCCGACGAAGGUCGCCCCGAGCCCCUUCUGGAGCUCGAGUUCAUGAGGUUGCUGGCAAUCCUCAUCCAACCUUCAGUCCAGGACAGGCUUCACGAAAAGGACGAUGUUAGCCAACUUUACCACAACAAGCUUGAGGCCCGGGCGCUUGAUCGUUGUGAAAUAGCCGUGGCUGUGAAUCACGUCACCAAGGGCAACAAUUUGGGACCCGAUGUCUUUGGCAUUACGUCAAUUGAACGGACGGUGAAGGAGUUGGCUUGGAAGAUUUUGAGAAUCCCAGAUAGAUCGGGUUACCUGAAGGCUAGCAACAACAAGAGACCCAAAAUUGAAGAUCACAGAUAUGGGCAGAACAAACAAUCGAAUGCCAACGAGACUUCAAAGCUGGUUCUGGUGAAUAACUUGCCACUUGGAAAGACUUCUACUCAAGUUGACAAGACAGACAGUGCUGAGAAACCAAAUACAACAAACCUGGCCUAUAAGAUGUAUAGCUUUACAUGGUACACUGGUGCCGAAGCUCACGUUGUGAAUGUCAAACUGCUCAUGUGUGUUUCCACUGAUCUUCUGGCCUGA